CAUGAUUCUACUCUCAUUAUACCCUUCCACAUUUUCAUGGCUACUCCUGUGGGCUACUGACCCCUUCUUAUGAUGACCCUCAGAUCCUCAGUUCUCAGAUCUACCUAGAAGAGCAGUCGGGAAGACCAAGAACGAGAUGAAGAGGAUGGACAUCACCGCCAUGAUGAUAAGCAAUGGCGUCAGAUGCUUUAUUCUGUGGCUCAACGAGGACUCUCUCUGUUGAUGAAGGGGAAGACGUCAUCUUAGAAAGUAAUCCUAGACCGUCACUGUCCUAUAUUACUUGGGACUAUGAAAAGCAUAUCAUUGCGUUCACAGCACCGAGGGGACCCCUGCAGCUGGGGGAGUAUGGCUACAAGUAUUCCGGAAGACUCUCCAGCUUUAAUGAUGGCUCUUUAAUGAUCGCAAACUUGACGGCUGAAGAUGGGCAGAUCUACCGGGCCGAUCUAUUCGAUGUGAAUAAUCAAUAUCUGUGCGUCCAGGUUUAUGAUCUCAGAACUGUUGAGCGAGGUGGAAUUUCCCCAAACGUUGAUUCUUUAGAAUCCUGCAGUCCCACUAAACAGUUACUUUACGCUCUUGGAGGAAACGUUGUUUUCAGGCUCCCAAGUCAUCCAAAAGUUUCAUAUGCAGCAUGGGACAUUAAUAACAUCGAUCACAUAGCGAUCACACGACCAGGUGGGAUUACGUAUCGCCAGAAUCCCAGCUACCAUGGUAAAAUGUCUGUCAUGGGGGACGGAUCCCUAAAGUUAUCUCAUCUGACCUCCAAAGAUCAGCAAAUCUACAGAGCAGAGCAUUUCAACGACAAAUGGAGUCACCUCUGUACACAACAUUAUGACGUCAGAGUGAAAAGAAUAAUUGAAGGAUUACCAGGAAUAUUUGGACUCCAGACCCACAUCCGCCUGGCCCUAGCUGCCUGUAUACUGCUUGCUACUCUCUCUAUACUGCUAUAUCAUAUCAAAACAGAACAUUCCAGAACACCCCAGUGAUCUCAGUAUCAGAAUCAAUAAGUCCUGGUAGUGAACAAUUGAGCAAAAAUGAUAAUCUGUACAUUGACCCUCUAUGGCUAAGGGACUCUGUUUGGGUCAUUUUUGUACCUUAUCUGUUUUUGUUGCCGAACUUAAAGGGGUACUCCGCCCCUAAAUAUCUUAUCCCCUAUCCAAAGGAUAGGGGAUAAGAUGUCUGAUUGCUGGGUUUCCACCGCUGGGGACCUCCGCGAUCUUGGCU